AUGCUGCAGCAGCCCGAGUGCCGAGCCGCCGGAGCCGCCCGAGCCAUGGAUUGCAAAGGCCGACCUGGGCCGAUUCCAGUUAAGAAGUUGAUACAAGCCCGCCUACCAUUCAAACGCCUCAAUCUGACCCCCAAGAAGGGCGAGGAGGCAACCGACACGCCAAGCACCCCAGCGAGCACAGUGCGGAGACAAGGCCACCAUCUGGAAAUAUCCCUGGACAACGUGGAGAAUGAGUGUGGCAUGGCCCCUGGGGUGGACCUCGGCCCGAAGCUCCUGAACGGGGAAGGGCCCCUGGGCCAGCGGCGAGGGAACUGGGACCAGAACGUGGUGGCCCCCGGCACUGUCGUCAUAGAUCUGACCGAGGACUCCUGUGAGGCACCCGAGGACCCCAGCAGCCGCAGCCCACCGUGCCCUGAGGCAGCCACCGUUACAGGUGCCACCUCUCCCAGGCCAGCAGAAAAUGGCAUUGGAGUCACAGAGGAACAGGGGCUGCCCGAAGCCAUUCCGAAGGUCAAGGCCGAGCUGGUUUUGCCGAAAGAGACCUUCACCGAUGCUCCUUGUGACCCAGAGGAGGUGGGCAUCAUUUCACAGGACGGUGAGGCCCUGAGCUGCCCCGAGCUGCCACCAGCACCGGGCAGCCCCACGGAGUGCCCCCCACAGGCCCGGGACAGUUGGCGCGAAGCCGAGGGCAUCCUGUUCCGAGGGAAGGUGCCCAUGGUGGUACUGCAGGACAUCCUGGCUACGAAAGCUGCCCCGAGUCGGGAGUGUGAGAGCGACCUUCCUGAGUCAGGCCCCGAGGAAGACUCUGGCCUCAGCCACUCGUCCCCCAGUUCCUCCUCGCCCAGCAGCUCACCCGAAGGACAGCCGGCCCCCAAGAAACGUCGCAGCCGGACUAGCCUCUCCCCCAGCUCCACUCCUGCUGACAAGGUCAGCAAGAAACUCAUGCGAGAGAAGAACAGGCUGAGGCUACAACGAGACAAGGAGCUGCUGCGGGAGGAGAGGGCGCGGCUGCGCGAGGAGGCGCGGCGGGCCAAGGCCGAGGCGAGGCGGCGCAAGGAGCAGGAGAAGGAGCUGAAGGAGAAGGAGCGGCGGGAGAAGCGGGAGAAGGACGAGAAGGAGAAGGCGGAGAAGCAGCGGCUCAAGCAGGAGCGGCGCAAGGAGCGGCAGGAGGCGCUCGAGGCCAAGCUGGAGGAGAAGAGGAAAAAGGAAGAGGAGAAACGGUUACGAGAGGAAGAAAAGCGCAUCAAAGCUGAGAAGGCCGAGAUUACCAGAUUCUUCCAGAAGCCAAAGACGCCCCAGGCCCCCAAGACCCUGGCUGGCUCCUGUGGGAAGUUCGCCCCCUUUGAGAUCAAGGAGCACAUGGCCCUGGCGCCCCGCUGCCGUGCCACCUUCAACCAGGACCUGAGCCAGCGCUUCGACCAGCUGCUCCGCGAGCAGAACGGCGAGCUCUCCUUCCUGCGCGAGCUCAAAGGCCGGCGGCCCCUCCGCUCCGGGCCCACCAGGGUCAGCACGGGCCUUUUUAACAGGGACGUGGUCAUGGUGGGCAGCAGCAAUGCAGACGGGGUGCCCGAGAGGCGGAAGUUCGGCCGCAUGAAACUCCUACAGUUCUGUGAGAACCACCGGCCGGCCUACUGGGGCACGUGGAACAAGAGAACGCGUGUCAUCCGCCCGCGGGACCCCUGGGCCCGAGACUCGACGCUGCUGGACUACGAGGUGGACAGUGACGAGGAGUGGGAAGAGGAGGAGCCUGGGGAGUCACUGUCCCACAGUGAGGGGGAUGACGACGAUGACCUGGGGGAGGAUGAAGAUGAGGACGAUGGGUUCUUUGUGCCCCAUGGGUACCUGUCUGAGGAUGAGGGGGUGACAGAGGAGUGCACGGACCCCGAGAACCACAAGGUGCGGCAGAAGCUCAAGGCAAAGGAGUGGGACGAGUUCCUGGCCAAGGGCAAGCGUUUCCGCGUGCUGCAGCCCGUGACCAUCGGCUGCGUGUGGGCGGCCGAGGCCGACGGCUGCGCGGGCGCCGAGCUCAAGGUGCUGCAGCAGUUCGCGGCCUGCUUCCUGGACACCGCGCCCGGAGAGGAGGAGCAGACGCCGAAGGCCUCCAAACGGGAGAAGAGAGACCAGCAGAUCCUGGCCCAGCUGCUGCCACUGCUCCAUGGCAACGUGAACGGCAGCAAGGUCAUCAUCCGUGAGUUCCAGGAGUGCUGCCGCAGGGGGCUGCUCGGCCAGGACGCCAGCGGCAGCCCCCCGAGCCCGACCCGCCCGCGCCCCCAGACGCCCACAGCCGCCGCCGAGGACUCCGCCGUGCCCUCCAAGGCCAGGCUCAAGCGGCUCAUCUCGGAGAACUCGGUGUACGAGAAGAGGCCCGACUUCCGCAUGUGCUGGUACGUGCACCCACAGGUGCUCAGGAGCUUCGACCGGGAGCAGCUGCCCGUGCCCUGCCGCUGGAGCUACGUCACCGCCGUGCCCUCUGCCCCCCGAGAGGACAGCGGGGGCGUGCCGCCCGCCCCUGGGCCCGCCCAGGGGACGCCCGUCCCACUCAAGAGGAAGUCGGCUGGCAGCAUGUGCAUCACCCAGUUCAUGAAGAAGCGCCGGCAUGACGGCCAGGUCGGGGCUGCGGACAUGGAUGGCUUCCAGGCGGACACGGAGGAGGAAGAGGAGGAGGAUGGUGACUGCAUGAUUGUGGAGGUCCCGGACGCUGCGGGGGUCCCGUGCGGAACCACUGCCGGGGCAGGGGGCGCCGUGGGGAUGGACGCUGCUGAGAGCGCCCUGCCCGCCGGCCUGCUCAGCGCCUCGUGA